ACACCCGUCCCCAUAGAGACAGGCUCCUACAAACAGGGCUGCCCGUGCACCGGUAGACCCGUUACUCCUCUGUCCGGAGCGAUGACAGCUCCAAAAUGAAGCCGCCAGUGUUUACGCUUUCAAUUUUCCUCGAAGACGGACGCCCGAAUGGUUCCCACUCAGAUUUUUUAUUAUUGGAUUAACGACCAUCCACUGCCAGCGACAGGCCGGAGAUUUGUAUCGCUGAACAGGGAGGAGUCUCCCGUUAUUUCACCGUUAAACUGGAGGAACCAGGCCCAGCAUGACAACGUUUUAACAUCACACCUGCCCGAAAAGCUGAGGCUGUGAACAGGACGCAAAUGUGCUCGUAGAAACGUUCCAACCAGACACAUCACCAUCCGAUAUUCAUAGAAACCGCUUUAGAGUCGGAAUUAAAAAGGCUCAGGGGAAUAAAGUGACUUGACAGCGAGACAAGGAUGGAUGUGAAUGCUGGCAGGGACAGCACCUGGAGGAGAACAACAGCAGUAGUAGCAGCAGCGGCGGCUGAUGAUGAUGAGGAUGAUGGAGGCGGAGGAGGAGAAGAAGUAGGAGAGAGCAUGGAGGCUCAGGUUGUACAGCUCAAGCUCUAUGACUGCGCCAGGGCCAAAAUAGAAGCAAAUCUCCGCUGGGUGUUUGCCAAAGCCUAUGGCCACGAUGACAUCCCUUCAGAUCUUCGAGAUCCAUUCUAUACCGACCAGUAUGAGCAGGAGCACAUCAAGCCCCACAUCAUCCACCUGCUGCUGUCCGGAGAGCUCUACAACCGUGUGUGUGGACUCAUCCUUCCCGCUGAACAGGCCGCCUACCUCCAAAGCCACCAGUCUGUCAUCCAGGCCCUGUCCAGAAAAGGGAUCUAUGUCCUGGAGACCAACGGCACACCAGUGUCUGACAUAGAUCUCUGCUCGUCUCCCAUUAAAAUGAGUGCCCACAUCCACCUCAUUGAUGCUCUGAUGAUGGCCUACACAGUGGAAAUGAUCAGCAUAGAGAAGGUGGUGUCGUGUGUCAAACGCUUUUCAAACAUCAGUGCCUCCAAAGAGCUUCCUUGCAACCUGGAGGAGGCUAUGAUCCUUUGGAUUAACAAGAUUACCAUAAAAAUGAGGGAGCUAACAGAUAAAGAGUGUAAAAUGAAGCAGCACCUACUGGAGUCACCCAGCCACCACAAGUCUCCCUCCAAAUGGUACUGGAAGCUUGUACCUGUGCGGUAUCGCAGGGAUCAUCUUUCAGGUCGCACUCUUCAGCACUUCCCCUUGGUGGAAGACAUAUUGAAGGAUGUGAGCGACGGCACAGCCCUGCUUGCUGUGAUCCACUUCUAUUGCCCAGAAGUUGUUAAACUUGAAGAUAUCUGCUUAAAGGAAGUUCCCUCCAUAGCAGACAGCAUGUACAACAUCCAGCUGCUGAAGGAGUUUUCUAAUGAGUAUCUGAACAAGUGCUUCUUCCUGAAGCCGGAGGAUCUGCUGUACUCGCCACCUGUGUUGAAGAACAAUGUUAUGGUUUUCAUUGCUGAGCUUUUCUGGUGGUUUGAAAAUGUGAAGCCUGACUUUGUAUGUCCCAGAGACCUUCAGGAUGUCAAAGAUGUGAGAGUGCAGCUGCAGCCCAAAAAUUCUCGGUCCUAUGUACCCGUCUCAAAUGUCACUAAACGAAGCUUCAUGCCUUCAUCAAACUCUCUGGACAUCUUGAACACAACCUCCACAAAUGACCAAAGCGCCACAUCAACCUCUAGUCCAUCUCAUUCAUUACUGCCACUGAGACAGGGACAACAAAAUUUGGUUGAGAAGAGCACUUCAGAUUUGAGAAAAAGGUCAAACUCAAUGGCGCGAACAGAUGGACAAUGCCAGGACUCAAUAGUUGCGUGGCCAGAAAGAAGGACAAGACCUUUGUCCCAACCAGUGCCGUAUGCUGUGCAUUUUGCCAAGGAGGAUGAUGCAGACAGCAACGGCCUCGCUCGCACCAUAAGCAAGGACAGCUUGGCCUCUAACAUCAUGAGCAUAACCCCAAAACACAUGCUGGGGUCCCGUCUGCCUCAGUACCGACUCAGUGGCCAAAGUCUGCUCAGUCACAUGCGCAUAGAAGAUGAAGAGGAGGAAAUCGAGGAGGAGGAACUGGUUUCUGUUAUUCACCCCUCUGGUUUUUCUCGACACCGAAUCGGCAGUGACAUGGAGCAGGAUGAGCUGGAAGCGCAGAAACUAACAUUGUCCGCCAGGGCUUCUGAUAGCUCUCGUGCUUUCUGUCUCGAUGCAAGCCCCUUUGCUCUCGACAGUCAGACAGACUGCUACUAUCUGGAGCCAUUGAUGCCAACUAUCCCUAAGCCAGCCAAGGAGAAGGGUAUAUCACUGAACAAGCAGGAGGAAAGUGGGGAGAGUUGCAGCAGGGCAGUAGCUGUCAAAACAAGAACUGCAAAUAUCCCUUUCUCCUCAAAAAAGAAACUCUGCGCAGAGUCUCCAGGCUUUUUUCUUCACCUGGAUGUCAAACCAGAGAAGACUCCACACACCAGAAUGAUAGAGGCAGGGCAUGACUCUGAUUCAGAUAUUGCAGACCUUGAGGAAGAUGAUGAGGAUGAUCAGAGAGAGCUGGAGAAGACGCUGAGGGGGAACCGUUUAUCCGAGGCCUACAUGGCAGAAUUCGGAGACGGAGAAGUUGAGUCAGCAAAGCUUCGAGAAGACUUGAAGGUAAGUGAGCAUGAGGAUAAAGAAGAUGCAAGCGGAUGUUCAAGUCCUUGUCCCAGCACUGUGUCGUGGGCAAGCAGCUGUAGUGCUUCGGGCAGUGCGGGAAUCAAGAUGACCAGCUUUGCAGAGAGAAAGCUGCUUAAACUUGGCCUUCGUGAUGGAUACUCAAGUACGAGCAGCUCCCAAAAGACUACGCCGGAUGGUUCUGAGAUUCUCUCUCAGUGGCAGGCAAAGGAGCCUAGCACCAUGCUGGGGAAGAAUAUAAUGGCCGGUCCGGUUGUGCCUUCAGAGCUGCUACAACUUCACAUGCAGCUGGAAGAGCAGAGGCGCGCAAUAGAAUAUCAGAAGAAGAAGAUGGAAGCCCUGAAUGCUAAGCAGAGACUAAAGCUUGGGAAAGCUGCAUUUUUAAACAUUGUUAAAAAGGGUGGAGGGAGGAGCGACACACUUCCUUUACCUAUGAAACACUCCCUUGAAUCUCCUGCAUCAACAGCUGCAGAGAGGAGGAAAGCAAAGACCCAAGCUUGUAAAGACGAUUCCUGUCUCGAUUCUCUGAAAAGUCUAACAGACAGGUGGACGACAAGAGACGACAGCUGGAACACCCUUACCCAGUAUAAUAGCUCUGUACCGGAUUUCAACGAAUGUUCAAACUCCAUAGACCUGCUCAAUCAAGCUAUUAGCUCCAUCCAGCAACAGAUGCUGCAGCUUUCCCUUCAGCAAGAUCUUCUAAUGAAGCAGAGUGUUGUCUCACCACCAGACGAGGCACAAACAGAGAAAAGCACAGACUCUGGGAUAGAUCCCAACACACCCCAAACAGCCUCCUCUACCUCAGACUCACGAUCCUUUGCAGUUCACUUUGUAGAUAUUGGCGGCAGCACUUCGAUGCCUUUCCGCCGUCCCCCCAAACUCAGUUCCAGCCAGCGCAGCAAAGCGGCAGAACGCAAACAAAAUAAAGCAAAUAACAAGUCUGCCCUAACCAAAUCCACCAAACCAUUGCCAGGUAGUGACACUUCUUCAAGAGAAUGCAAUGAUGGAGAACUGGAGACAGCUGGAGUUCAGAGGGUUCAGAGGAACUCUUCCUUCAGAGUCCAUGAAAGCAACGGGGACGGAAAUAUGGACUCAUCAGACAAACUGAAUUCGCAAGACCCACCAGUUAUUACCAAGACGUCUGGAUCUGCAUCACAGGAUGCAGAGCAAGUGGAAGAACAAACCCCCAACUACAACAAACAGAAUGUGGACGACGAUGAGAGCGGCAGGAUCAGGAGUCAGCUGAUCGAGAUCGACCUGUCACUCAAGGAUCUAGUGGAGGAUGGUGGUGUAGACAUCUCAGACGGCACAGCAGACGGAGAGCAAAAAGGAGUGCUGGGCUUCUUCUUUAAGGACGAUGAGAAGGCAGAGGAUGAAAUGGCAAAACGCCGUGCUGCCUUCCUCCUCAAACAGCAGCGCAAAGCUGAGGAGGCGAGACUCCGGAAACAGCAGCAAGAAGCAGAGAGCGAGAUCAAACGUGACGAGGCACGGCGUAAGGCGGAGGAGGAGCGUAUUCGCAAGGAGGAGGAGAAGGCCCGGCGAGAGCUUAUUAAACAGGAGUAUCUGCGGCGGAAACAGGAAGCCCUUAUGGAAGAGCAGGGUCUGGUCAAGCCCCGCACCAAGACCAAACCCCGCGGGAACAGACCCAAAUCAAUGCACCGGGGAUAUUCCAGCAGCCUUCCUAAAGGAUCCACCACACGUGAUUCUCUGAAGGUGUCUAUGUUAAUGAAAAACCAGAGUUCAGGAGCAGCCAGCAGGGGAGCUGAUUUAAGCUUCAGCCAUCGUGGAUCAACACUUUCCCUAGCAAUGGAUGCAGACAGUGUUAUCUCUGGCGGGGCAGACUCAAACAGGGCUCCAUCUGUGUGCUCUGUGGAUUCGCUCCCCAUGUUGAGCAGAGCUUCCAGCAGGAACAUGGAUCGGGACUGGGAGAACGGCUCCAUAGCCUCAUCCAUCACUUCAGUGGAGUACAAUGGUCCUAAGCUCUUCAAGGAGCCUAGCUCAAAAUCCAACAAGCCAAUCAUCAUCAAUGCCAUCGCCCAUUGCUGCCUGGCUGGAAAAGUUAAUGAGGUCCAGAAAAAUAUCACCCUUGAGGAGUUGGAAAAGUGUGACUCCAACCACCUGUUCAUCCUCUUCCGCGACGGCGGGUGUCAGUUCCGCGCCAUUUACAUGUACUCACCAGACACCGAGGUGAUCCUCAAGUACACGGGCAUUGGGCCGCGUGCCAUCACUCCAAAGAUGAUCGACAAACUGUACAAGUACAACUCAGACCGCAAGCAGUUCACCGUGAUCCCUGCCAAGACUGUGUCCGUUAGCGUGGACGCUCUGACCAUCCACAAUCACCUGUGGCAGAUCAAGAGACCAGGGAGCGCUCGCAGAAAAUGAGCGGGACUUUCAUACUUUACUGUCUGUGUUUAAUAAGCUACAGUUGGGCAAGACCCAAACAUCUUGGAGAAGACUGACGAGAUUAGAGAGAGAGCUGGAUGGUCUGUGGCAGUGUGAAUACCAACUCACCAACUCACCGUACUCGCUGUUUUCAUUUUAUUACCUGGUUCUUAUGCAUGUCACACUUCGAUAAUUUAAUUUCAUCAUAACCUGAAGUCACCAAGUCUUAUCCCGCUGAAUCUCCUCCCAGAAGCAAACUUGCCACCGACACAAAGUGCAGCUUACAGCAGGCUGUGAUGAACCGAGGCAAGUCAUCAAAGGUUGCUGGCUCAGCUUCGCAUAAAAAAAGCAAAAUAAAAAAAUCUACGGAGA